UCCGACACGACACGUGAUGGGCUGUUUAUGGCAGACUAUAGAAGGCAGGGCGAGGUGUUGCAAGCGGGUGAUCGUGUGCGGUGAACUCACUGAUCCGGUGCGGGUGCGGGAGCUGAACAGGCGCGAUGGGAUCCGAGUUAUUCGGCAAAGAGCGGACCCUGGAGCUGAGGCAGCGGCACAUCGGGCCAUCAUGCAAAGUGUUCUUUGCAAAGGACCCACUCAAGAUAAUCCGUGCCCAGGGCCAGUACAUGUAUGAUGAGAAUAACAAGAAGUAUUUGGACUGCAUUAACAACGUGGCUCAUGUGGGGCAUUGCCAUCCAACUGUGGUGCAAGCUGCUAUCAAGCAGAUGGAACUGCUGAACACUAACGCACGAUUUCUACAUGACAAUCUGGUACAGUACGCCAAGCAACUCAGUGAGACCCUCCCGACUCAACUAUCUGUUUGCUACUUCGUCAAUUCAGGCUCUGAAGCUAAUGACCUUGCUCUUCGAUUGGCUCGCCAGUAUACUGGUCACCAUGAUAUCAUCACCCUCGAGCAUGCUUACCAUGGACACGUAACAUCUUUGAUUGACAUUAGUCCUUACAAAUUCCACGAGCUUCAUGCAGAAUGUCAGAAGGAAUUUGUGCACGUUGCACCCUCUCCAGAUGUUUACAGAGGGAAGUACAGGGAGGACCAUCCUGAUGCAGCUUCAGCCUAUGCAGGUGAAGUCAAUGCACUGAUUCAAGCAGCCAGAAAGAAAGGACGCAAGAUGGCUGCAUUUAUUGCUGAAUCCAUGCAGAGUUGCGGAGGUCAGAUAAUCCCACCACCUGGCUACUUCCAAAAAGUGGCACAAUACGUGCAUAGUGUUGGGGGAAUUUUCAUAGCUGACGAAGUCCAGGUUGGCUUUGGCCGUGUUGGGAAAUAUUUCUGGGCCUUCCAGUUGCAAGGAAAGGACUUUGUUCCAGACAUUGUCACCAUGGGCAAACCCAUCGGAAAUGGCCAUCCCAUGUCCUGCGUGGUUACAACCAAGGAAAUUGCAGAGGCAUUUGGAGCAUCCGGAUUUGAAUAUUUUAACACGUUUGGAGGUAACCCAGUCUCCUGUGCCAUCGGUCUGGCGGUACUGAGCGUCAUUGAGGAAGAGGAUCUGCAAGGCAAUGCCACAAGAGUAGGAAAUUACCUGAUGGAUUUACUGAGAGAACAGCAAGCCAAGCAUCAGCUUAUUGGCGAUGUGAGAGGUGUGGGCUUGUUUAUUGGAGUUGACCUGGUUAAAGACCGUAGGAAGCGAACACCAGCCAAGGCAGAAGCACAGCACAUAAUUUACAGGCUGAAGGAGCAUAAUAUAUUAUUGAGUGCUGAUGGGCCACAUCGGAAUGUUCUGAAGUUCAAGCCACCAAUGUGUUUCACUAAGGAGGAUGCCAAGUCUGCGGUCGAGAAAAUAGAUGAAAUUCUUACAGAUCUUGAGCAAAAGACCAGUACAAGAGUUCAAAAUGGGAAGUCAUAUCCGGUGGAUAAUACAGUCUCCGUGACACUCAGGGGCAGCAAGAGAAAGAUGGCUCCUGCCAGCGUUCCUGAGGUAAGCAGCAGAUACAGAAGUGAGCUGGAGGGAACGAAGACCUCACCGAGUGAAGAGUGUCCAGAUGGAGACAGUGGCCAUUUUAAGAGAUCCGCUUGCAGACAAGAACCGAGUUCCUGUCAGGACAAAGGAUUAGGAAGCAAUCUGCUCGCCUCUCUAUCUUAAUGAGCCCCCACCACCACCUUUUGUCACAGUCAGGCAGCAUCUAUGGAGAAAAGGAAUAGGCGACGUUUCGGGUCGAGACCCUUCUUCAGACACAAUGUCACAUCUCCUAUUAAUUUAUAUAACAGAAAAAUGUGUUUCCUGUUUAGUAAAUUCUAAAACAGCCUGCAAAGAUUGUGGGCUUGUGCUUGCUUGCGAUUGGAGUGGUUGAGUAUAUUCUGCUGUUAAUUGAUUUAAAUAUGUAGUUCACAAAUAUGCUUAUCAUUUUCCUAUUUUGACAAAGGGUCAUAUUUAUCUAGUAUCUCUGAAUGUUAAUGCUUGUAUCAUUUAUUGACCAGGAAGUACAUGAAUUCUAUUGAUAAAGUAAUCUUGAACUACAGAGCAAGAACACACAUUUAUAAAGAAAAUGUGUAAUAAUUGGGGCUACAACACCGAUGCUAUUUUUUUUAGCAAAUCAUGCCUGUUCACAAACAAAAUUGAGGGAAUUGCACAGAAUGGCCAGAAGCAAAAUGUUGCACAAAAUUGUUCCAGGGACGCUGUCCCAAAAGUUACGAUGCUGCUAAAGUUAUGAUUGCACUCUCUCUAUUCCACCCGCUGUCGUCUAAUUUCCUGGGCGUGGCAAAGUAAACCAAAAAGCCACAACAAAUCCGAAAAAUAUAAUGUUUAAAAUUCCUCUGCAACCACUCAAUCAAAAUGCGUUCCAGGCGAUCACAUCAACCACACGAUAUAUUAUCCACUGUCACGUGCAUUUUGUGCACAGAGAUAAUGGUCAUGUCCAGCUGGUCAAGAUGUUGCCACAUGAACUGCAAACUAGUUUUAAACGAUGACUACUAUAACAAAAAUUCCUCACGUCAACUAAUCCUGCUCAGUGUUUAAAUACUUUAUAUCGACAUUGCCUCAUUUAUCCUAACCAAUCUAGUUCAAAUCAUCUGCCCACAUGGGUAACAGUGUAGUUUCUAGAAUAAAAUGACACUUUUCCAUGGUAAAACAACCCAUCUUUGGGAAUUCCACUCACCUGCUUUGGAAUCUUUUCUUGGCCUCUGCGUUAAUUAACUUUCACAUAAGUGGCUAGCUACUUCAGUGGGCUGGAAUACAAUAUUAUGCUUGUUGAUUUACAAUAUUCAUGUUUAAUAUCACUACUACCUCGAUUAAAUUUAAAUAAUAGGAGCUUUGAGAAAGCAGUUACAUUGUCUUUUUGUGUGAAAUUAUAAAUGAUUGUUUUAAUUUUCUCAGAUACGGUGCUAUAAUAUUAUAACUUUCCUGGGAUUGUUUCUCCUCACUUUACGAUGGCAAUAGCAUGAAACUAAUUUGUACAAAUGAAAUAAAAUAUUUAAUUCCUUUGA